AUGCAAACAAUACAUGACUAUCAAGGGCCGAAACCGCAGACUAUGGGCUUGACAGCUUCGCUCGGAGCAGGAGUACUUCUCAAUGAAGAUGCUGGAAUGACGGCAAUCUACGAUCUGAUGGCAAACGUGGGGGCCACGGCUUUGGCAUCAGUCAAGCGCCAUGUUGACAUUCUUGCGCAGUACGUGCCAAAACCAGAUGAU